AUUCUGCCUGGCUCAUUUAUGAAGAAGUAACUGAAAAGCAGCAGACUCUGAUUUGCCUUCUUUCCAUGGGAUCUGUGUGGUAGGUUUGGUUGUGGCCAAUGCCUUCCUUUUUGCUCCUAAAUCUCUUGGUCCUCAUUCAAGUGACUUUUCAAGUACCAGGUAAGCUCCACUAUUGUUACUUUAGUAAGUAAAGGUGCACCUUCAAUAAAUUUAACUGUUUACAUUUGAAUCAUCUUCUGGAAGUUAAUGUUGCGUCAUUAAAGUUAAAUCCAUGCAACAGGAGAUACAAUGAGAAGUAACUAACAUUGAAUCUGCUUAUAGCAAUAAAAUCAGGUUUAAAUUACAAUAACAUCACAGCCAACAUCAUUUUGAAUGUAAUUUACAUCAUAAGUUUUUACUGUUGCAAGAAAGAAUUUGUUCUUUCUUCAUGCAACACUCCGCUGCAUCCUAUUACUUUCUUUUUCACUAUAUAAAAAUGAACUGUAAAUGUAAGAAAUGCAUCAACAAUAACAUUUUUAAAAUAUUAAACAAGAAGAAUAUCUGACAUAUUUAUGUACACAACAAAAAAAGGCAUCUUUUGUUGUUUCCAUUGGUGUCCUUUGCACUAACAGAGCUCCUUGAUCCAGUGGAGCCUUUUGUCAGGAGACAAUAUUUGCCAUUCCUCCUUCCUCACGUGCUUCCCAAGCUGUGCCAAGGUGUCUCCCAAGUCUCUGGAGCAAAUUGGGAGGAAAUAUAUGGUAUGCAGGAGGAAUGAGGAAUUGCCAAAAUAUUGCCUUCCUCCCCAUUUUGCUAACAGAAAACUGCAGGAUCAAAGAGCCUUCCUUCAGAGUGAAGGAUCCCACUGAGUGCAUUCCUUGCGCUUUAGCAAAUCUAAAUUACACCUCUUCCUCGUGAAAGGAAAGCAUCAUAUCCUUACUGUUCUUGAAUAUAAUGUGAUAUUUCUCAGGUUAUUUAUUGGUAUGGUUGGAGUGUUAUAAUCAUGCAGGCUGUUAGCCUACAUGACUGUUUUUACUGUAUCUAUUGGAUAAGAAUUUGUCCUGGUAUUUUUUAUGACUGUUGAUACUACUUUUAGGAUACUGUAUUUCUCAUGUCUUAGGUGUGUGGUUUUUAAAAAAAAAAAAUCACCAUCAAACUAAUUCCUACUGAUGGGCAGUAUAGCAAAUGGUUUUAAUUACAUAAAUAAAUAGGAAAUCAGUUGGUCACCACAUAUUGAGGGCCAUAGAAGAUGUCUUGGUGUUAAUAAAAACAGACAAGUGGGGAAUAUUUGGAUGAGAUCAAUGGUUUGGGUAGGCAAGAGGAGCUAAACCUUUUUCCAGCUACACAUUUGUCCAAAUCCUCCACCAAAGCUGUUUUUAGCCACGGGGCAGAGGAAUUUUUUUCACAGAAUGCAGAUGCCAGCAUAUUAUUCCCUGUACAGUGCAGGAUAGGGGGUGGGGGGCAGGGGGACAGAUAGUUUCAGGGCACUGAUGUGGAAGGAUAGGUGAACCUGCUCACCUCUGUUCUCCAGUUCAAAUUGCCCUCGCCCCAUGCUUUUAGCAAUAAAUAAAUUUAAAAAAAUAACAAUUAUGAAGAUUCAAUCUCAGAUGUCUCGCAUCAUGUCUAGUUUGGCACUCAAAAGGAGUGAAAUAUUUUUUUAAAAAUCCUUUUUAAAAAAGCUUUAUUUAUAAAGGUAUGGGUCUUUUGUUUAAAAAUGCAGCAUUUUGAGAAUAAUCAAAUGAUUAAAAACUUAUUCAGAAUAAAAUAAACUGCAAACAGGAUUUGCAAGAAGGACAUCAAAGUCAGUGUCCUGGCUAGGAAUUAAGCAAAUUAUGGACCUCUGAUAAAUAAGACGCAGCACUGUAAAAUGCAGAAUCAACAUGAGAGGUAUUUCUCUCUUUGCUCUUUCAAUCUUAUUGCUUCUUGGUAUUAUCAUCCUGCCAGUGGUUGCCAUGUUGGAAGCUAUGUGGAAUUUUUUCACCAUGUUCCUAGAAUUUUUCCUCUCUUGAUUUUGCAGACAGUGACAGCUUUCUGAUACAAAAUGAAAACCUCAAGCUUUGUAUACAACCUCAGAAAUCUCGUUCCAUCAUCCUGGUCAACUGCGAUGAGGAUAAUGAGUGGCAACAUUUCAAGUGGGUUUCCGACGACCAGGUUUUGAACAUGGCAGUGAAGUUAUGCCUGGCAGUGCCUUCCAAGUCAAACCUGGUUGCCCUCACCCUCUCUCCCUGCAAUGAGACGAGUGAACUUCAGAAAUGGGAAUGCAGAAAUGACAGCCUCCUUGCACUCGAACAGGGGGAUUUGUUUUUAAAUCCCGAAGGUGGCCAAAAAAGCCGUCUUAUACUUUCUAAAGUAGCCACCAGCAAGAGUACCUGGAAGGUCUAUGGAACGAAAGACAGCUUGUGUUCCAAGGGCUAUGAAGGUAAAAUGAGAGAGUUAAUCCUCUUUCUUUUGAUAUUCAGUUGGUGUAUCUGCUUCCAGCAUGUUGAAUCCCCUACAUCUGGGACCCAAAAUAGGUAUGAUGCAAAUCACAUAACCAUCAGUCCAGACUCCAGCUAUAUCAGAAGGACAAAAUAGGAUCUAAAGGCAGAGUACUAAAGAAAGUGGCUCAACAUAAGCACCAACUAUAUAUAUAGUUAGGGAAUUAAAGAUCAAAUAGAAAAAUUAAGCAGCUAAAAAAUACCCUCUUCAUACAAACAAUACAAUACUCUCACACAUCCUUUUUUACAUAUCAGAUGUUCUGUCACACUGAAUAGAAUAUUUAUCACACCCCCAUUCUCAAAUUAUGUUCUUGUGUAUAUGGGCUGCCAUACAUCUGGAAUAUCCUAUACAUAACCGGGAUUUGGCCAUCGCAAACUGUGUCCGGGUGGAAAUUGCUUCAAAUAUCUGGGAAAAUCUUAAUGUAUGGCAACCCGUGCUGGAAGUGUGGAUUUUUGUGAAUUUCCUUAAAAAUAUCUCAAAAACCUUUGUGUCUGGAUGUUCAAUUUUUGAAAUAUGGCAACCCUAUGUGUAUAUCUUCCCCCUGGAGGGAUGACUGUUCUGUAUGGUAAUAGCUUUUAGAUGUUAAACAUACCUUCAUAUAUCUGAUAUAAACAUACAUAUUACUGUUUUAUAAUAUUGUUGUUUUUAUGGAUUUCACACACAGAGCCCAAUACUUGAUUGCUGCUGACUGUUGGUCUGACUGGUUGAUGUCCUUAAGUGAUGGCUGGGCAGUUUGGAGGGUUCAAGCUUUGGUUAGGUAGAAGCUGGGCCAACCAGCAUGGGCAGCUGAGUGGUGGCACCUUUGGGAACUUAGUACCCUUCCUCUACAGUACUUUCCUAACCCUGCCUGGAGACACCAGAGGCUGACAAUUCCCUCCACUUAAUGGAGGAAUUGCAUGCAUUUAUUCUGCGUACAUGCAAAGGGAUGGAUGCUUAAAAUUCCACUGAGGUGAACAUGGAAGCCUGUACACACAAACAGUGCAUAUCUGAGUUUACAUAGAGUCCUAUAGAGGGCUUUGUCUUCAUUAUUUCUGCUUUAUUUGUGUUUGCCUCUCAAUAGUGUUCAAAAUUAUUCCAGCCUAACAUGAUCUGUCCAAUGUUCCUUUAGCCCUGUAUACCAUAGAAGGCAAUGCCUUUGGAGCCCCCUGUGUGUUUCCAUUCAAGUAUAAGAAUAAAUGGUAUGCAAAGUGCAUAAGAGAUGACGAUGAAAAUGGGCAGCUUUGGUGUGGAACAACAGCAGAUGUGAAUAGAGACUCUUUAAGUGGAUAUUGUCCAGUAAAAGGUAAGCACUUAACAAUGUUUUGUUUGAGCCUUUACUAUGUUAUUGCGUAUUUGCUGCUUAGAGAAAUGUUUAACCUACAAAGAGAAAAGAGAAGCUGCUAUUAUUGCCUCAUCUUUACAGAUUGUGCAAUUUAAGAAAAGAAAAUGUGGAAAGAACUUUUCCUUUGCAAGUCAGAACAAAAUGAAUUGUGAUUCGAGGACCCGUCCCCUGCUUGGGAAUAAAGACAUAUGGACACAGUAUAUUAGGUUAAUGGGCUAGAAAAAGGCCACAACUUUAUUGAUUACAGCAAGUGAGAAGGUAUUGGCUUAGGCAUUGGACCACCGAAAGUUUGACUCCACCCACUCAGAGAGGGGUGAGUCUGACGAGGGGUUAACCACCAGUAGGGGGAGCCUGUUGAUGCAAAUACAACUAUAAGCUCUCCCCUGAUGUCACCGAGGGUCGUGCCAUGGCCCCCCGCCACACAGGGCAUCAGACAGGAUCCACGACCACCAGAUUCCUUUAACGGAAUACCCAUAAGUGAAGGGGUAGGCGAUGGCCACACCUUGCCCUUCCAUACACCAAUAACACAUUCCAAUGCCUAACCGGGCCCCUACAGGAUCAAGCCUGCAGUUCUUCAUCUAAAAGGAACAGAGAUAAGGAUGUAGUCCAGUUCAGGCCAAAAUCAAAGCAUAGAGCAGACAUGGGUCCUUCUGUAUAUAGCCUGCAGCCAGAUUUCACCUGACUCCUUGGUCCUCACAACCAUCAGCUGUUCAGUGGGGAGCAGCUGAGAGGCAAGUGGGUUUAGAUGUUGAACAAAGCAUGCAGUUUCCCAGAGGCAAAAAGACUAAAACAGAGAGGGAACCUGAAGGUACAAUUUGAGUGGAGCUACUAAAAUUUUAACAGAUGCCUCCUUUUCUAUGGGGAAUAGGUCUCUCUCUGUGUGAUGGUGGGUUAAACUAAGUGUUUGUGCCUGAGUCUGGUCCCUCCCAGUUUGAGAUCUGUCCAGUGGUGGCUCAUGCAGUGACUGGGGCGGAGACCAUGGUGUCCUCCCAGCAGCAGUGUCCAUGGAGAUGGGGUGAAGCAAAACAGCAGUGAGGUGGGAUGAGCUCUGGACUGGUGCCGGCCAUAUGGGUGCAGGUACAUUCAUGCAUUAGGUAUGGAUGUUUACAGGGAGAAAGCCAACUCAUCAAAACUAUCCUGGAACCUGAAGUCCUGAUUGCACACAGGGUUUCCAGGUCCUGGGGAAGCACAAAUGGUUAGAUAUCUAGGUAUGUGUAGAUAACCACACCUAAUAUGUGAACACUUGGGAUGGGGCUUUGGAAGCCAUCACUUGAUGGGGGAGAGCCAGCGAUGUUGCCCCUUGAUCACACAAAUUCUGUGUUUCUGCAGAUUGCUUUGAGUAUUCUUUGGAAAACACAAAGAAUCUAGAUCAUUAAAGAAUCAAAUAUAUAUCAGCUGUAGAAUUAGCUUAAUCAUGGGUGAUUUGAAGAUUUGACACUCAAGUUAACAAUGCUUACAGAUGACCAUAAUGAGUUCUUCUGGACCAGAAACCAUUGGACAGGGGAUCUCUAUCAGAUCAAUUCCCAGUCAGCUCUAACAUGGUACCAAGCAAGAAAAAGUUGCCAGCAACAGAAUGCAGAAUUAUUGAGCAUCACCGAUUUACAUGAACAAGCAUACCUGACAGGUAGGACAUAACAAGGCAUACCUGAAGAGGCAAUCAGCAUCUUGUGAUGUUUUGCUAAUUAGUCAAUACUGUCUCAGCUCUAAGUAUAAAUUUCAUGAAAAUUAUGAGAAGUGUCUUUCCACUCCUAGAAUAUCUUAGGAUGUGUACACACACAGCCUUAAAGUACAUUUGCUGCCUUACACAGAUGACUUUUUUGUGCAAAUCAUCACCUUCCUAUUCUUGGUAUAUUGUUCUUUUGAUAUUUUAAAGUGUCUUUUGGUUGAAAAAAAAUGUAAAAUAUACUUGGAGAAUAUAUAGUAAAAUACUUUUGAAACUCUACAUUUAUUAUUUUGGUGUUGUAUGCACCAUGUUAUGUUCUCUUUUAAGCAGUGGAACACAAUUCUGACUUUGUUGUUGUGAACAAAAAGCCAUAAUCUUACAUUGUCUCUCACUUUCCCAAUACUUUUAGACUUAAGACCCAUGUGUCUUCAAAAACUGUAUGAAAAGCAGAAAUUCAUUGGUUGAAACUGAUGCUGGUUGAAGUAUUAUAUUGGCAUACCAGAUGAAAAGUUUUUUCUGAUUAAUUUCUAUUUGGUACCCAGCUUUAGGGGGGGGGGAUCUGACAUCCUGUUAUGUUUUGUCCCCCCAGCUUCAUCAAUAUAAAUCUCCUAGCUAUAUAAUACAGUUUAAUUGAUCUUCUUUUCCGUGAAUAGGAUUAAUAAAUGGUAUACCUACUUACUACUGGAUUGGUCUGAACAGCUUGGAUCUUGACAGUGGAUGGCAGUGGAUUGGCAACCACCCUUUCAGAUAUUUAAACUGGGCUCCAGGUGAGUGAACAACUAUGUGCCAAAUCAGAUCAAUACUGAACAAUAGUAAUGUGUGUGCGUCCUAUGGGGCGAAUCCAGGCUUCAAGAGAGCCCCAGCGCCUGCCCCGCAAGCUCCGGGGACAGCGGGGAGGCGCAGCGCGUCUUCCCGCUGUCCCCGGACCUGGUCAGAAGGCGGGCGGCGGGGAGAAGAGCGCUUCUCCCCGCUGCCUGCCCCGCAAGCUCCGGGGACAGCGGGGAGGCACAGCGCGUCUUCCCGCUGUCCCUGGACCUGGUCUGAAGGCGGGCGGCGGGGAGAAGAGCGCAUCUCCCCGCUGCCUGCCCUGCAAGCUCCGGGGACAGCUGGGAGGUGCAGUGCGUCUUCCCGCUGUCCCCAGACCUGGUCUGAAGGCGGGUGGCGGGGAGAAGAGCACUCCUCCCCGCUGCCAGCCCCGCAAGCUCCGGGGACAGCGGGGAGGCGCAGUGCGUCUUCCCGCUGUCCCCAGACCUGGUCUGAAGGCGGGCGGUGGGGAGAAGAGCGCAUCUCCCCGCUGCCUGCCCCGCAAGCUCCGGGGACAGCUGGGAGGUGCAGUGCGUCUUCCCGCUGUCCCCAGACCUGGUCUGAAGGCGGGCGGCAGGGAGAAGAGCGCUCCUCCCCGCUGCCAGCCCCGCAAGCUCCGGGGACAGCGGGGAGGCGCAGUGCGUCUUCCCGCUGUCCCCGGACCUGGUCUGAAGGCGGGCUGCGGGGAGAAGAGCGCUUCUCCCCACUGCAGGCCCCACAAGCACCUGGGGGAGAAAUAAAUUUUUUUUUCUUUAUUUCCCCCCCAAAAAACCUGGUGCGUCCUAUGGGCCGGUGCGUCCUAUGGGGCGAAAAAUACGGUAAAUGCCCUCCUCCUGCAUAGAAUAUGGAACUGUGGUGUAAUUCAGUAGUCGCAAUCCAGUGAAAAGGUACCUGAACCCAAACAGAGAUUUCCAGUUAUCAGAUAGAUCACAGAUCAUGCACACCCACCCACUUCCAAUUGCAUAGCGGAUACACAUUUGGACUCAUUGUUCACCAGUAAAGGUGAUUAGACUGAAGAUAUGGUGAUAAAAUGGUAGCUCCACAAUUAUGGAAUGCAAUUCCAGUAGAGAUUAGGCAGACUCAGACUUUUAAAGAAGCCUUUUCAAAAGCUCUUGAUGAAGGGGCAAUGGAUGGAUGAGGUUAAUUUACUGGAAAGUGGCUCAUUUAUUAUUGUUCUAUGCUGGUUAGUUUCAACUUUAUCGUUUCUGGCCAUAUAUAUAUUAAAUGGUUUUGUGCUGAUUUAAAAUAUUGUAGGCUGCUUUGUGAAAGAUCAACUCAAACUGCAGCAUUGCAGUGUUAACACAGGACUCAAUGAUCACUUGUCUCACACUUUCUUAAAGGGAGCCCAUCCCCAGAAACAGAAAAAAUCUGUGGAUCAAUGCAGUCUAAGAAUGGCAAGUGGGGGAAUGAUAAGUGUCAAGAGAAACUUGGAUACAUUUGCAAAAAAGCAAACUCUUCAUUAGAUGCUUCUGUUAUUCCUUCAGGUAGGAUGAUAAACUGGGAAUGAACUUUACCUUUUUCUAUAUAAUUGUAUCAUCAUUAUGUAUAGAGGGCGCCAGAGUCCAAAAUUACAUUUCUAACAGUAAUACAGGUUUUGCUGUUUGUAGGGGCAUAUGCAAUGGGAAAUGUUUGAUUGGACAGAGAUGGCUGAGAGUAUUUUGUCUAUCAGUAAAGACUGAUACUGGGCAGACUUUUACUGGAAGCAGACCAGCUGGUCAAUCAGCGCCACCUGGGCUCGUUCCCAGGGGUUAAAAUUGAACUCUGACCUGGCAGUUUUCUCUCUGACCUUUCUCUCGCUGGAUCUCCCACCCUCCCUCCCUUUCAUUAUACUGGUAUUUUGAACCACGACCUUGCUAUGGACCAUGUCGACCACUGUAUUCAGGGUCAGGCAAAUUGGCACCGGCCAUUGGGUUUUUGCUUACCUCAUAGCAAUCAUCACAACUUUGUGAGGCAUCGGGUAAACCUUGGUCUUGGCUGGAGAGGAGGUUGUAGACACUACCUCCCCCUCCUUUGUGGAAGGUAUCCUGUUAAAGCGAUCCAGGAGAAGCAGCUUCUGUCUGGUUUCCAGAUGGGGACAGGGCCAUAGCAGACCAAUGAGGACCCCUAGGGGGUACCCCUUUUUGAUGUAGGUCAUAGGGCCCCCCUAGUGGUGGUUUAGCCUUAGAUGCACUUCUAGCAGACAGGCUGGAGUGCUGUAGUCUCGCUUCACCCAAUGCCUGUGCCAAAUUGCUCACAUAUGUAACAAAUAAAGUUGUGGCCUAUUUUAACCGAUAAAACCUAUAUACUGUUGUCUUGUCUGGUUAUUCACCCCCUUACUCACAGGGGAACUGUGGGGUCACAGGGUCCUUGCACACAAGUGACUCAAUGACAACAUAAUGGCAUUUUUUAAAUUUUUAAAGAAUUAAAGAAUUUUUAAAGUUCAUCCAGUCAUGCAAUCUUAGAUAUAUUUGUUUUCUUUUUAGAGGGCUUUAAACCAAUUAAAUGUCCAGAUGGCUGGGCUGCAUAUGCAGGUCACUGUUACCACCUUAACAGAGACCUUAAGACAUGGAAGAAUGCAUUAUGGUCCUGUCGAAAGGAAGGUGGAGAUUUAAUAAGUAUACACAACAUUGAAGAAUACAGCUUUGUCAUUUCUCAGCUAGGCUACAGUGAGUACAUCCAGAAAAUUCUGUUUUCCUGGUAUUUGGUGUGUGUAAAAGAGAGAGGGUGGGGUUUUUCCCCAAACCACAUACAGUUAUACAAUGUUACUAAGGCCCUCCCCUAUUGAAAAGCACCACAGAGCGAUAGUCUGUUGAAGUGAUUAAGGUGCACAAACAAGUCAAGUAUGAGAGAUGACACUGACUAUUAUAGCCUUCCACAAACUAGUGCACUUCCAUAAACCUCAGUCAAUAUCACCAAUGGUCAGGGAUGAUUACAGUUACAGCUCAAAAUAUUUGCAGAGCAGCUGUUUGGCGAAUGCUGGUCAAUUAGACACUACUCAUUUGUAGUUCUGUAUUCCAUUAAUCUUUAUGUAACUAGUUGCACAUGUCAAACUGAGCUACAGUUCAAAAUGGUCUCUCAUUUCCAAAUCUAUGCACCAUAGAGCUGUGUGCCAUAGGAUCCUAGGCACUCUGGACUGGUGGCAAAUAAAUAUGACGCCUUUAUGUUCUUAGAACCAACAGACCUUCUGUGGAUAGGACUGAAUGACCAGAAGAUUCAGAUGUAUUAUGAAUGGAGUGAUGGUUCUACUGUGACAUUCACCAAGUGGCAGAAAGGAAAACCACAACAAAUAAAUGAUGUGCAAAACGAAUGUGUCAUCAUGAAUGGGGAGGUAAAAAUAUGAAUCCUAUAAGAGAGAUGUAUUUCCCUUGGUCCUCAAUACAUUUAUUCAGCCUAUUACACAAAAGAUUGAAUAAAUGGAUUGAGGGCCAAUCUGGCACAUUGAGAGCUAAAAUUCCCAGAAUGGUUUAACAAUCAUUCCCUCUUUCUAGGCUGCCCUAGGAAUUGAAGCUCUGUUUGGCUUCACUCGCGAACCCCAUCAUCUCCUAGACCUUGCCCCCAAAUGCCCACACUCACCAACUUCCACACCACACACUUACCUUCACUAAUCCCUUGAAUUUUCUCCAGCCGUGGGACCAAUUCUUCUUAAAUUUCUAUAUUGUCCUUCAUCUGAGGAUCACAGGCUGGUUUACAAUGGCAGUACUGGAAACAGAUUACCAGGCCAGCUGGCUGGCCAAUGCUUCCUCCUUCCUGCACUGCUCUCUCUGCCAUCAUGCCAACUCAGUGUCCUAAUCAUCAUAAUCAGAAGUAUCAGAUCCUCAAGCUGAAUACUUCAUUAGUUUCAGCUGAAGAUUUCAGUGAAGUUCAAAUGUAAUAGGAAUUUUGUGAAGUUGUCCAACUCAUGCAAAAAUGGAAAGCUUUGCAUUGACACAAAGACAUCAAGCAGGAAGAAAAUGAGAAAGCCAGUGGACCCCUCUUCACUAAUAUUUGUAUUUCUUCACAUUCCCAUCUCUAGAAUGGGUACUGGGCAGAUUAUUUCUGUGAAGUGGAACUUGGUUACAUCUGUAAAAGACAACCUUUGGCAUCUCUUCCUGGAGAACCUGAAGUUGCUGAUCCAAAUUGCCAGAAAGUAAGUCUAAAGUAAACUGUGUAGUGAUUUAAAAAGUCAAAUAUGCAUAGACACCAACUAUUUCUCUUCUUAAAGCUGUCCAUUAAUGCAGAGGUACCUCUAGUCUUGAGGUAAGAUGUAAAAUUUAUCUUCCCCCUCCCCUCCAAUUUCGUACCCUUCCUAUGGCCACUCAAGCCUCUUCAGCAACUAUACCACGGGUCAGCUUUCUUUGCUUCUUUUCCUUUUUACUGCUGACCGCAGGAAGGCUGCUUUAUCAAAGAUUGAAAGACAAUAUCAAUUUGGAUAAAGUUUCAAUAGAGAGUUUCUAAUCAAUAGAGUUACUGCUCCCCCCUCCAAUAGGGUAAUUACACCCUUGUGCCUAUUAGUAGGGAAGAGCCCCUUUUUUUGCUGAUCUUACAUUUAAACCCCCCCAAGAAUCUAAAACAGCUACUACAUCAACUAUUUCUUCUAUUUUUUAAAUAAUUUUAAUUUUUAAACUUGAGAACAGAUCCACUACAUAUAUGCAGUAUACCCUGCUUCCACUGCCAACAACAGGAAAUAUUCCCAUCUAUCUGUCUUAGUCUCUAAGGCAUCAAGUGUGAAGAGUAAUCACUUGGAAUCACUUCUUAUGGAUCAUAGCUAGUAAUCAAAAUAUGGUGGAGGUGCUUAUGGGAGUAUUUGCUUAUAGGGGCAGUGCAAUUCCUUCAUUUGAUUCAGAUAAUGGUCUGCAUGCAUUUGACAGCUUGAAGCAUUUCCUGGUUCAGAGAAAGAUAUGGGGCAUGUGAAGAUUGUAUGUCUUGGAGAUGUUAUGGGUGCACUGAAGGUCCUUAACAUCGAUUCACUGCUUCAUAUUUUUUAAAUAUUUCAGUUUUAUUUCAAUCUCUAGUUAUUGUUCUAUUUUAAAUUUUUGGUUUCACCCAACUGCAAUUUUCAAAAUAGCAAUGGGCACAACUGCUGGUGAUGCAACUCAGGGGCAGAGCACAUGCUGCAGGCCUCAGAACCAACCCUUGACAUUUCAAGAGGAUUUUGUACAACAGUCCUGGAAACCUUCUGCCAUGCUGAAGAAGACAAACCAACUAUCUGACUCUUGCAGAUAGCUUCAUAUGUCCAGCUCCAGAAACAGUUUGCAAAAGUCACACUCAUCAUCUGGAUUUCUACCAGAUGUUUCCCAAAAAUCUGUUCUAGACUCUUCUAUCAAUUGCCUGAGCUCAGCUCAGUUGGUAGAGCAUGUGACUCUUAAUCUCAGGGUUAUGGGUUCGUGCGCCACGUUGGGCAAAAUAUUCCUGCAUUGCAGGUAGCUGGUCUAGAUGACUCGCAUGGUCCCUUACAACUUUACAAUUCUAUGACUGUAUGAAAUGGCCAAUGUAUUAAUUUCUAUGCAGACGUAAAGGCUCUUGCACCACUUUAGAUAAUGACAACAUUGGCCUACAUCAAAGAUCUCUAUGCAAUUUCUGUGGUACCUCAAGCUGGAUGAAGAUUCCUGUUUUAAUAAACUUUCAGCAGUGUCACUAAAAUAAACUCAGUCUCUUAAUUCCAGUGUGUUUUCAGUAAGUUACUUUAAAGAUAAUAUUCAGGUGGUACUGGACACCUGUUAAACUAUCGUCUGUUAUAAAAGGAACUUCACCACUAUGCUGGAGGAGAUGCAGUGAAAGAGGAUUGGUACUUCAUGCUUCAUGUGGUGGGAUUGCCCUAUAGCUCAAAAAUUUUGGAAGGGGGUAUUUUUCUAAUUAGGCAAAAUUACAAAAUAAAAAUAAAAAUCCUAUACUUAGAUAUGAUUCUAACGCUGUUAUUGAUUGGAAGUGGUAAUAAACAUAAUAAGAAAAUAAAUCCAAUAUUCCACAUUGUUGUUGUUGUUAAAUAGAGAAUUGUUAGCAAUGUUGCUGACUGCAGAGCAGCUAGAACUAGCUAGUCAUUGGAAGGAGGGUUCUGUGUUCACAAAGGAGGGGUGGUAUAUAAAAGAAACCCUCAUCUUAAAUCAUUAGCAGAACUGACAUAAAAACAUGCAGUGAGAAUAACUUAAACAGAAUAUAAAGGAUAACCAGUAAAUAGAUUUGAAUUGGAUAUGUAGUGGCAAAAUAUAUGAUAUAAGUAACCACAGAAAGGGGGGAGGGGUGAUAUUAAGAUUUGGUUUUUUAAAUUGCUUAUGUAAAUUUAUCUUUGUUAUAAUAUUUGUAAAAUGAGAAAAUAAAAUUAUUUUUUUUAAAAAACCUCAUCUCCAACCUAAUACUGCAAUAAUAAAUGGUGGUUGUUGUUUCUUUUAUAUUGACAGGGUUGGAAAAGGCACGGUGUCUAUUGUUAUUUAAUUGGACAAACAUCUGUAACAUUUUCAGAAGCAAAGAAAUUCUGUGAAACAAAUAAGGGAUCUCUGACUUCUGUGGAAAACAGGUAUUAAAAAAUUUUCCUUCCAGAAGAAAGGAACAAAUAGAAGUGUUUUUAAUAUCGAUAAAAUGCAAAUUUGGUUUAUUUCUGAAUAUUCUAAGAUUACAAGCAGAGAAAUAAUUAGUAUGGAUUGUGCUGGUACAUGCAAUACGUAGAUGUAUUGUUUAGUGACAGUGGACCUCAAAGCUUAGGGUAUGUGCGCAUUUUUACCUUUUACUUUGAAUAGUACUAUGGUCAAUAUACCCAACUGGUUCAAUGACACUCUUGCAACAGGCCCACCUAGGCACCACAUAAGACUAAAGCUGUCUACACAUCAUACACUUGAUGCACACACCCCAGAAAAAAGAAUCAUGAGAACUGUAGUUUAGUAAGGGUACUUUGAAUUACAGCUCUGUGAGGGGUAAACCACAGUUCCCAGCAUUCUUGAGUUGUGUAUGCUUUACACAGCCUCUCUGUGUCAGGCAGCACAGCCACAUAAGGCAUUUAGAGCAUUUACCUCUAUGUUGCGAUUUGAACACACAUGCACCCAAUUUAUGCGAAGGUAGCUGAAGUUAACUAAGUAUACAGCUACUUUCUGCAUGUGAUCGCCUUCUGAUCUCCUUCUGCAUCUGAAGAUCUCCUUCAGCAUUUUGAUCAGCAGGACGAAAGCAUAUUUUUCAUAUAAAUUACAGGUAUCACCAACCACAAUGAUUCUGUAGUGGAGUCUGACACUUUGGAUUAUAGCUGUUGAACUCACUUCUGCUUUGAUGUACAGAGUGGCCAACUCCAGUAUGUCCUGAAAAUUAACUUUUUCUUAAAAAAAGAAGAAGCACGCACUUUUAAUGCAUUUAUUACUCAUUUUUCUCCACAGAUAUGAACAGGCCUACCUGACUAGUCUAGUUGGGCUUCGUUCUGAAAAAUAUUUCUGGAUUGGCCUUUCAGGCGUACAGCAACCAGGGACAUUUAACUGGACCAAUGGAGAUGGUGUUCUGUUUACCCACUGGAAUUCAGCAAUGCCUGGUAAUUUAUAUUUAUAUUUAUAUUUAUAUUUAUAUUUAUAUUUAUAUGCCACCUAUCUGACUGUGUUGCCCCAGCCACUUUGACAGCUCCCAACAAAAAAUCAAAAACACAAUAAAACAUGAACUGUCAAAAACUUCCCUGUACAGGGCUGCCUUCUAAAAGUCAUAUAGUUAUUUAUUUCCUUAACAUCUGAUGGGAGUGUGUUCCACAGGGCAAAUGCCACUAGUGAGGUCUUCUGCCUGGUUCCCUGUAACUUCAAUUCUUGCAGUGGGGGAUGUACCAGAAGAACGUCAGAGCUGAUCUCAGUGUCCAGGCUGAACAAUGGGAGUAGAGACACUCCUUCAGAUAUACAGGGCUAAAGCCAUUUAGGGCUUUAAAGGUCAGCACCAACACUUUGAAUUGUGCUUGGAAAUGUAUUGGGAGCCAAUGCAGAUCCUUUGGGACCAGUGUUAUAUGGUCCCAGCGACUGCUCCCAGUCACCAAUCUAGCUGCCACAUUCUGGGUUAGCUGUAGUUUAUGAGUUGCCUUCAAAGGUAGCCCCACGUAAAGCACAUUGGAGUAGUCCAGGCAGGAGAUAACCAGAGCAUGCACCACUCUGGUGAGACAGGGUGAAGGCAGACAGGGUGUCAGCAGGCAUAACAGGUGGAGAUGGCAGACUGCUGCCCUGGACGCAGAAUUAACCUGCAUUGGGCAGCUGUGUGUUAAGUACUUCCUGAAGCCUAAUUAGAACGAUAUUUCACAAAAGGCUUCUACAUUGUUGUUGUUGUUGUUAGUUGUUGUUAGUAGUAGUAGUAAUAGUAGUUGUAGUAGUUUUACACAUAUGAACAGAAAUUCAAUUGACGUGGCUCUUGUCUUGUGUCUCCAAAAGGGCAACAUCUUGGCUGUGUUGCCAUGAGAACUGGGACUGCAGCUGGCUUGUGGGAUGUUGUGAACUGUGAAGAGAAGGCAGCCUUCAUCUGCAAACAAUGGGCAGAAGGUGUAACAACAACUCCUGCCCCCACACCAAGCCUUCCACCUCCAUGCCCAGAAGGAUGGCGUUCAAGCAGUACUAGAAAUGUGUGCUUCAAGGUAGGCAUACCAGUUCUUGUCUGCUUAAAUAGAAAGGCAAGGCAGAAACGGCUCUUCUCUAUCAGUAAACCAUUUGAGAUAUUUGAGGGUGUGGUUUUAGUUUUAAAGUCAAUGUUCAAUGCAGGUUUUUUGUGACUCUCUUUAUUGUGGAGUUUUACUUUAAUAUUUUGAACUGUAGUUUAUUUGAAGUACAGACUUUUUAUAUUUUAGUGGAGGAGUGGGCAGAAUGUAGCUCAUUGGGGAGGUUAGAAGUAGAUCAGAAUGGAUUUUUGCCUCUCAACUAUAGAUCAUGGUUAAUGAUAUUUACGGAGAGUGUGUCCAGAGGGAAUGUUUUCUAUGUAUCUUUGUCAUCUAUGAAUUCAAACACAGGCUCAAAACAACCAAGAAUAUUCAUUUCAUAUUUGGCUGAGUCCUAAAAUACGUGACUCUGGAGCCUAAGGAACUGAAAUAAGAUUCUAAAUGGCUGCCUCACAAGUAUCCACCAGAUCUUUCAGAUAGUUCACCUUGUGCAACAUUGGUUCUGGGAGGAAAAAUCAUUCAAUUUACUUUUUAGAAAGAGUUUUAAAUAUCCUCACUUAUCUUAUUAAAUGAGAUUUACAGCAAAAAUAAAACACAAUGCAUCUAAUUUUAAUAGCGAUCCAGAGUUUUUGCACCCUGCCAGUGACAGAAGCAAAAAAAUAUUCCGGAAACUGGCACUCAUCAUACUUUUUUCUAUCAAAUGUGACCUUGCCAAAGAAAUUGACUUGGGGGAAGUAAUUUGUGAUUUGUCAAAAAAAAGGGCAAGAAAAACCUUUUAACUGAAUUGGUAUUACUGUAUUACUACUACGGCUAUCCACUCUUCACCAACAGGUCCCAGGGUGGAUUGCAACAAUUUAAAAUUUAAAUAAGUUAAAAUGGAUUACAGUGACAGGAAUAGGGUGGUCAAUAUAAAAUGUUUACAGCUGUGUUGGGAUAAAAACAUGGGUGCUGGAACUGGUUAUUGCUCAGAAGCAAAAGUAUUCAAAUCAGAUGUAUAAUAUGAAGUCGGAGAACCAAUAGAAAAGAGUAUCAGGAUAUGAACCUUGGUUAGGAAAUAAAGAAGGGAAUUACCAAUAUUCAGGGAGAGGGAACGUUAUAGAUUUAAAACAGAUUAUUAUUACUUAUGUUUAACUAUAUUUUUAUGCCUUUAGGCCUAUAAAAAAGAGAAAGAGAGCAAGAAAUCUUGGCUUGAAGCACGAGAUUUCUGUAGAGCAAUUGGAGGAGACCUCGUUUCUGUUCAUAGUGAAGAAGAACAGAAAAUGCUAUCAGAGUUGUGAGUUUCAUAUAAUGUUAGUCUUCAUUGUCUCAGAAUCAAAAACUCUUCUGGUUUAAUGGCAUUUUAAUGUCAGCUUUCCAGUUCACACUUCCCAAACCAAUACACAUACCAAAACCUAUUUCUCUUUUAAAGUUAACACUCUGAAUCCUGCUGCAUCACACACUUCAGCCAUGGCACAAAACCACACGGUACCUGAGGCAUCACUAGAAAAUGUCAUUUAUUGCAAACAGAGGAAUUAAUCCAAACUGGCAGAAGUGGAGGUCACAGCAACAGUGUCAUCCCUCUCUCUUGCUUGCUGUGCUUUCCUGAAAGGAGGAGCUGAGACUGGCACUUCCCAGUUUCCCUUUAUCCCACCAUCUUUUGCAAACACAUUGCAAUGACCAACAGCUGGCAAUGGCCAUUUUUGUUUUCUAGAUGCCCUCCUCAAAAUAACACUACAUUAGAUCAAACCUAUCCAUUCUUAAGGAAAUCAGCCCUGAAUGCUCACUGGAAGGACAGAUCGUGAAGCUGAGGCUCCAAUACUUUGGCCACCUCAUGAGAAGAGAAGACUCCCUGGAAAAGACCCGCAUGUUGGGAAAGAUGGAGGGCACAAGGAGAAGGGGACGACAGAGGACGAGAUGGUUGGAUAGUGUUCUCAAAGCUAUCAGCAUGAGUUUGACUAAACUGAGUGGAAGACAGGAGUGCCUGGCGUGCUCUGGUCCAUGGGGUCACGAAGAGUCGGACACAACUAAACGACUAAACAACAACAAAUCACAUAGUUUUCUCUUUUCUGAGGAGCAGGGAACUUCUGGGAAAUAAAAGAGGCAACUCUCAGCUGCUUGAACCCAGAAGGAACACAACUGUCCCACCCCCAAAUUGCCACAUGUAUCACAAUUUUGCUACCCAUGUACAGUCCAGCUGGUUUGGGGGUUGGAGCACAUCAGUUCAAUCUUGGUUAUUAGCACUUUAAAUUGUGACUUUUUAAAGGCAUAUUUUGCUUGCAUGCAUAGCAAAGGGACAAUUUAAUUGUUUUUUAUAUACGCAGUGAGUAUGGAGUACCACUUUUUUAAAAUUAAAAAAACACCACAUAAAAUAUUAGAGUAAUAACCCUGUUAAACAGAACGAAAAGAAACAAAUACAUCACUUGUUGAUGUAUUGCAACAUAGAAGCAGUUAGCAGGGAAAGGGUUAAGUUAAGCAUAACUUGUCCUCCAGAGGUUGUUGGACUCCAACUCCAUCAGUCCCAAUCAAUCUGGUCACUACUCAUGGAUGAUGAGAACUGUAUUCCAACACUGAGAGUCUGGAUCACUUUGGCUAUCCCUGAGAUAAGUGUUAAUGGAUGUGCCACCAUUUAUUUAUCUAUUAAGUACCAUGUCAGUUUGGUUUGGUGGUGAAAUGUUCCCCAAGAAAACCCAAAAUAUAAAACAUUUGUGUGAUAUCAUUAAGUAUGAAACCAUUUGAGAGAGAGAGAGAGAGAGAGAGAGAGAGAGAGAGAGAGAGAGAGAGAGUUUUUAAGUAAAACAAUACAGUUGAAAAGAAUAAAGGUCCAUUCUAUACAGAGUAAAGUGCAUACACCUAAAAGAAUGGUGUAUGGGCUUUAACUGACACCACAUUUCUUUCAAAAUAGAAGGAAGUGUUGUGCCACAAACAUACAUAUAACAAAAGUAUACAUAACUGUGUUUUAAUCUUGUGUCAUUAUUACCUUUAACAACAAGGAAUUUCACAGAACUUGCAACCAUAGCACACACUACUCUGGCCGACUAUCUGAGUGUGUGAGAAAAUUGAUGAGAUUUGUGUGGGGUCCAUGUCUGCGUGACAAUCCUGGGGGAGAAAAGGAGUUCAUGUUUACGAAAGUUUGAAUGAUAAUCCUAGGGCAGAAUGUGUGUAUGCGCACACAUUUGGGGAUGUUUCCUGGGACGAGGGCAGGAACGCAUCAGGCAGCAAUAUGUCUUAGGCUUGACCUCUAUGGAUUGGCUGAUAGGUUACUUCUCUCUAAGAAUCACCAGUUUGACUUCUGUGAAAUAAGUGUUUUGUUAUGAUAUGUGGGGUCAGAUAUGGGUUUUGAUUGUUUCGGUUCAGAUCAAACCUCUGCCUCAUACUCAGUUUCUUCAGAAAUUUAUUUAUCCAUCAUCACUUGUUAUGCCCCCAUUUUGGUGUGGUGCCCAUGAUAGUUUUAUAAAAUUUCUAAUGUGCCCAUGGACUGCAUUGGGAACUCCUAGUUCAGGGGUCAGCAAACGUUUUCAGCAGGGGGCCGGUCCACUGUCCCGCAGACCUUGUGGGGCGCCGGACUAUAUUUUGAAGAAAAAAAAGAUGAACGAAUUCCUAUGCCCCACAAAUAACCUAGAGAUGCAUUUUAAUUAAAAGCACACAUGCAACCCAGAGAUACAUUUUAAACAAAAGGACACAUUCUACUCAUGUAAAUCACACUGAUUCCAGGACCAUCCGCGGGCCGGAUUUAGAAGGUGAUUGGGCCGGAUCCAGCCCCCGGGCCUUAGUUUGCCUACUCAUGUCCUAGUUUAUAAUACAGUCACCUGUAAAUAUCCUAUGACUUAGCAUGUAAUGCAAACAUGCCUAAGAAAUGACUACAUGUAAUCUGAACACACACACACAGACACAGAGUUCCUGCUCCAAAUAGCUAAUCUAAGGUGAUCCUCAGAGUAGUCAUUAUAUUGUAAAUUUUAAAACUCUUGAAAUCAACUCUCUGCUUACAAUAUUUUUUAUAUAUUUUAGGUCUUCUGCAGACUAUUAUUGGAUUGGUUUAAGUGAGUUGGAGCCCGAUAAAGGAUUUACUUGGAGUGAUGGAACUCCUGUAAGUAAAUGAUGAAUACUAAUGCAUUGUUGGUAAAAUUAUGUGCAAAUUCAUUUAUAAUCUUAGUAUUCAAGCCUCUUGUUCUCAUAGUGAACUUUGAUUGAGACCAUAGCAAUACUUUAAAAGUUUAGUUAUUGAAGUGUCCAGCAUUAAAGUAUUUAUAAAUGUGAUGGGCAAUCUAAUUUUUGGACCCAACACUUAUGGCAAUUACUGCACAGUUGCUUGAAGUUAUGGCUUGCUCAGUUGGGUGUGUGUGUGUGUAAGGAACAUUUAAUUUAAAUUUUUUUUAAAAGGAAAAACAUGAGAACACAGACUAACUAUCCACUUUGCAUAUAACGCAAAGCCAAGCUAUGGCUUAGGGCAAACAGAGAUUGUGGCUGCUGCAUUCCUUCCCUGGUUCUGCUGGUGCUGCACUACCUGAAGCAAACCCAUGGUUGGGAAUGCAAUCAUUUCAAUUAAAAUAAUUAGAACAAUUUAAAGUAAAAAUAACAACAACCCAGAUGCAAAUUAUUUCAUCUUUUUUUAAAAAAAGUAUAGCGAUAAGAUAGCCAGAAAAAAGUGCAUUUGCUUUUUACCAUCUCCUUAAAUCUAUGCAUUUCCAUUACCAUGAUGCUGUGGGCUGACCAUGUGAUACAGCUGCUCCCCUCUAGCCCAGAUGGCAUGGCCAGUCAUCUGAAUAACUUGCAGAAGCUUACACACACACACACACACACACACACACACACACACACUUAAUGUGAAAAUGACAGCCCAUCUCUAUGUAUAUACAUGCACAUGUGUGUACAAUAAGGUUACAAGUUUUUCCCCCCAGUGAAUCUGGGGAUACUUUUCAACUUCAAUGGAUUUUGUAUGGGGACUAAUUUGUAAAUCCAGGGACUGUCCCCGGUAAACAGGGACGUCUGGUAACCUUAGUGUACAAGUCAUUCAAAAACUGACGCUUUAAGUCUCUCCUUUUCUAUAUAUUACCCUUGAUGAUUCUUAGAAAGAAAACAAGUAAGAAAACUUUAUUCCUACUGUAGCUAAACUACGAAGAGAGGAGCUUUCUCUAUCAAGUUUUAAGAGAUAAAGACAUGGGAUGCAGAGGAGUGGCUUCGUUUUAUUCGUGGUGGAAACCUUCCUGGUGUGAGCAUUUUCUGAAUUGGAUUUGCCAAAUAAAGAGAGGUAAGAUUCCUCUUCAUUUACAACAGGUUCAUUAAACAAAGCCAACAGGGCCUUCAUCUGCUGCACUGCUGAAACCUGAUUUUUUAAAAACAUGAUUAUUAACCUUUUGCCUUUUGAGAAGAGAUUAAAAAUGAGAAAUGUGAAACACAUUUAGCCUUCAUAAUUACUGUUGCAGGGUUAAUAUCCUUGGCUUUCAUGCUGAGAUGUAAAGAACUCCAUUUCAAUUAGAACAAGGAACCUGAGCCAUGUACACCAUGGUGAAUAUCGGUAUUUGCUGAUAGUUCCUCUGCAUUAGGUUGUUAAUUGUGCCCUGGAAAUGUACAAAUAACACCUUCAUUUUUACAAACUCCUGUUUGUAUGAAAUAACGUAAUGCAAUAAAAUUCACUAUGAUAUAAUUAAUAUGUGUUUGGUUUUUCAGGGGUGUCACUAAAACCGGAGCCAAGCAAUCAUUUCGGUAUGUUGGGUGAUUUCACUUUUCCUCAGCUCACACAGGUCCAUCUUAAGCAGCACCGUGGAAAGCAGGGGUGGAACUGCCUUAACAGGUCUUUCAGGCUAUUGGGGGGUCUGUCAGGAGCCAAAGAUAUGUUUGCUCCCUGGCCUCAGCUUCCCAGUUUCUGCUUUCCCUCAGAACAAAGAGGUCUUUUGUAAUCUAAUGGAAAGUGGGGAAGAGGCAGCCCCAGUGAUUCUCUUUGGCCACUGACAGUUCUGUCAUGAGGAUCCCAUGGUAGAUAUUCUCUGGCUUGGGAUUUCUCGCUCCUCAAAUUGGCUACAUUCAACUGGAUCCUUUGCAUGCAGAAAGCCACAGGUUCUGUCCUCAGCAUCUUCAGGUAGGGAUUGAAAGAUUCCUUCCUGAAAUACUGGAGAAUUGCUGGCUGGGUGAUUUAAAGCUACUCACAUGUUUGAAUACUACUCUGAAAUCUUUUGAUGCGGAAUAAUUAAGAAAUAUGUUAAAUGAAAUUUAAUACUUCUUCUGUUCCAGAAUAUUCAUUCAAAAGAAUUGAAAAUGGCUGGAUCUUGUAUGAGGGCAAUGAGUACUAUUUCAGUAAUGAAACAGCGUCUGCAGAAAGAGCUCGAGCAUACUGCAAGAAGCAUGGCGGAGAUCUUGCGGUCAUUGAAAGAGAAAGCGAACAAAAGUUUUUGUGGAAAUAUGUAAGAAAUAAUUGGAACAUAUGCUUUCCUAAUCAAAUAUAGCUGGGUCUGCUGAGACAUAAGCCUAGUUGAAUCUAAUGGGUUUUACUUCCAAGUAAGUGUGUAGAAAAUUGCAACCUAAAGGACUUUGACUUUCUGUGGCCAUAUACUUUGCCUGUAGCAUCCGGCACUAACAGGUAAGUGAGGCUUUCCAAGUUUCAAAAAGAAUGUAUCAUCCACUCACUCCACUAAUCAUCACAAAUUCAUGCUUUACUCAUGAGAAAAGUGCUGAAAAAUGUCUCUGUGUAAUCAGGAUUCCAGACAUUCAGGGUUCUUACAUUCAUUGUUUAAUUUUUCCCCUCCCUCUCCUCACCUCAGUUAAAAAACCAAAAAAGUGCAAUUCACUAAGUGGAAGAGUGAGAUGGGAAACAGUGGGUAGAAUUCUGGCAUGAAAGCUGAUUGUGUGAGUUGCACUGUAAUGCUUACAUAGAACUAAAAAUCUUUAAUAAACCAGCUUAAAUCAGAGAAGCCCUACAUUAGUAUAUUACAACAUGAUGCAAAAUUUUCUUCCAUGCUUAGUUUAAUUUUAGCUGGCAUGUUUUAAUUUAUCUUAACCGGAAACCUUUAAUGAAGUUUGUAAAAAGCACAGAUGCUGUGCUCAUCAUUACAAACCUUUCUGUAUUGCCUGAUUUAUGAAUUCUGCACUUCCUAUGGAAUAGCCUACAUUGCUCUGCCUCUGAAUACUAUAUUGUUUCAUUUACUUCCAAUUUUUCCUUUGUAUGUUGUAGAACAAGCUUUAUGGAAGUUACAAGAACAUUCACAUUGGCUUAAUAUUGGGUCUUGAUAGAAAGUUCGGGUAAGUGAAGAAGAAAAAUUAGAAGUGGAAUUCAGAUUUUUAACAAAAUUGUAAAUCUAAGUUUCUCCUAAGUAACUAAGCUAAUAUUAAUUAAUCUAAGCUAUAAUAUUUUCCCCCCUCCACAGCUGAUCUCUAAAGGAAAUUUAGGACUCUUCCAAAUACAGAGGUUGCCCUACAGUCCUGUUCCCUGUAAUGGUGUCCUGGAGGCUACAUGAAACUUCAGAUUUCCCUCCAUGACCAGGGAGAGGAAGCUUUAAUGUCAGUAACCUUCUCCUCACCACCUCAUAAAAUCUCACAGCCUAAUAACAUGAAAGCCCCAAUUUUGGCAUGGCUGGAAAAUGAACAUAGGGAAGGCUUGGAUCCUAUGGAUCCAACACCUUCUUAGUCCCACAAUGUACCCCCAAACUGUGGAGAAUACCAUUUACUAGGCUGUCACCACUUCCUUGUCUCUCUAGGCUGUAUUAGGUCUCGGGGUGCUCUCCCCCUGUGAACUUUCUUUUUAUGCACUGAGGAAGAGGGUAUCACCCUCCUAUCUGCCUGACUCCUACAGUUGUUUUAUGUUCCUUGAGUGUGGUGUGUCUCCAGUUAUGUCUGUCUUCUGCUUUCCUCCCAGCCAUGCUCUGAAUGUUGGAGCAAUGACAUUCCCCAUCUCCCAACUAUAGCCCUUUGGGAUGGCACUAGAAGAGACUAAGAGUGCUUUCCAGCUGAUAGUUGUCCCCACACCUGACAUACCUGGCCUUUCUUCCAUUCAGGCCAGCAAAGGAGCAAUGUGAAGGCAUGUCCAACCUCGCUCCUCUUCUCCUGCAUGAGCCAACUGCUGUUCUCCUUCACUACUGCCCCCCUCCCCAAUCAGGACAUUAAGGUUGCAGUUGUAAAUGGGGUUUUUUUUUAAUGUGUGUAAAUUAAGAACCAAUUUGAUCAUUUCUCAACUAUGAAUGUUACAUUCCACCUAUAAAAUACAAGCAUUUCAUUUUCUUCUAAUUAAAAUGAACUGCCCCAGUAACUGUAAGAACCCAUACUUCACUACCUGUCAGUCACUGGGCACAUCAUCAUCAUUACUAUUACAACUACUACUACUAAUUCAUUUUUGAGGAUAGGGCUGGGCCAGGGCUAAAGCCUCACCACCAAUUCUGUUAACCCUAAUAAAUGAGCUGUUCAUAAUUCUAUCUGUUAACAUUAUUUGAAGCAAAGUCUUAAUGCAUUAUCUUAAAGAAGAUGUUUCCUUGCCUCAGGCAGAAAUUCCAAAUGCUUCCUGGCAUGGUGAUACAAAAUUAUUAGUAAAGAAAAUAACUGGCAAUUCGCUCCUCUUUAACAGCAUCUCAGUCUUUCAAGAUUAGGAUUGUUUUCCUAGUCAUUCUGAUUACAUUACUUCCGUAAUUUUGCUGGAUAUUUUUAAUGCUGCCAACUUAAUGCUGACCUGCAAGGUUCAACAGUAAAAUGUUUUCUAGACCUGCUGUUCCCUUGACUAAAAAAGCCCACAAACAGCAAAAAACAUUGUGGAAAUAUGCAAAAUAAAGGACAAUUACAUUGUUCUGUACAAUACUGUCGUAUCAUUUUCUCUAGCUGGUUGGAUGGAACUCCAGUGACUUAUGCAGCCUGGGCACCUAAUGAACCCAACUUUGCAAAUGAUGACGAAAACUGUGUGGUCAUGUAUUACAGCACAGGUAAGUAGAAUAAAAUACUACCAUUAAAACAAAAAUAUUGAGAAACUGUGUUUGAGGAUGGGGAAAGGGAUUAAUACAGAACAAGUACAACACUUAUCUGGCUUAUCUGGACUUACCUGUUGCCCCCCUCUUUCCAGGUACAGUCCUGUCUUUAAAGCUCCAUGUCCCAGAGCUUUCACUGCAAAAACCCACUUUUAAAAACUGAAGCGCAACAAACAGCAAUUUGGGUUUUCCGCAGAUUGCUGUUUGCUCCGAUUGAGAUUUAAAGAGUGGGUUUUCAUGGAGAAAGCUCCAAGGCAAAAGAAAGAAAGAAAAAAAGAAAGAGCACUCGGACAUGGAGCUUUAAAGUGCAGACUGUGCCUGGAAGCAGGGAGGAAAGGCAAGUGUGGAUAAAUCCUGAAUCUAUAGUUGCAAUGACUAUUCCAUCCAUAAAUAUACAUUGUUUGGGAGGGAAAAUUCAUUAUUUUACAGCUCUUGAAUUGCCUUUUUAAAAAAUAUGACAUGGUAUUAAAAGUUUUAAAGGAUGCUGUAUAUUUAUCACAUGAGCAACUUUAUACAGCAAGAGAGAUUUGGGGAAAUACUACACUGUUUCAAUGCUAUUUUAAUAACUUUGUAUUGUGAACAACUGCUUGCUUAUUCCAUCUACACAUUGUCCCCACUGGCGGAGGAAGAGGAGUGCGGGGGGAGCACCCCGCCCCCGGCAGCGCGAUCCCAGCAGGGUGCCAUCACGGCUGCCCCCCCCCGCACUGGGUGCCCCACCCCUGAUUGUCCCAUUUUCUUCCAAUAUGGAAUAAGUUGCUGCCGCUGCUCUUUGUUAUUCUCAAGCCUUCAUUUGUACUGUGUACCUGAAGGACUGCUUGCCCUUUUCAGUUUGCGAGUGAUUUAAUAACUCUCUGUUUAGGUUUAUGGAACGAUAUCAAUUGUGGUGCUGAGGACAGAUUUGUAUGUGAAAGGCGUAACAGUUCUGUCCGUUCAUCUGUUGCUCCCACGUUGCCUGUGCCUCUUGGAGGCUGUGCUGAAGGAUGGUUUUUCUUUGAUAAAAAGGUAACUAGUGUAGUCAUUACAAAUUGCUUGGCAUACUAGUCCUUUUCGGGUAGUAUUAGUGCAUACAGUGAAUACAUCUGUAUCUGAAUAGUUAAAAUUUUUGAUUAAAGGGGGGAUAUUUUAAAAGCUCAAAUUAACAACUGUAGCUACCAAGGUGGAUGUUCUCCCCAGUUCCUUCCUCUGCCCCAUUUUCCACCCCAUCCUAAUCUCCUUCUAACCAGCAAAUCCUAUGGGGUAGGACUGCUCUUUAAAGCCAAGCAAAAUUACCCCUGUCUAUUUGCUCAAUACCGUUUCAUGAUUGCUACUUUCAUUACCCAUUACAUCAUGUAUGGAAUUUUGGAGAGUUGUUAUUUCCCCCUACAGUGCUUCCAGCUAUUUGGUCUUAAUGAAGAGAGGAAAAACUGGUCCUAUGCACGAACCACUUGCAAGAAUCUAGGAGGAAAUCUGGCAACUAUACCAAACAAAGCUACACAAGGUGCAGUCAGUUCUUUUUAAAACAGAUUGUUCAUAUAGACUUGACAUGUUAAAAGUCCAAGAGCCUCGACUCAAGUUACGUUUGUGCCAGAAGAAGGGUUAGAAAUGGCUCCUUUGUGGCACCUUACUCCUCAGGUGGCUUGAGAAACUUCAGGCCACAUGGGGGGGGCUGGAAACCAGGGCAGUGAUGCAGCAGUGCAUAUUACCAGCUCCUUCCACAUGGCUGUAGACCUCAGGGACAGCUCAGUUGGUAUAUCAUGAGAUUCUUAAUCUCAGGGUUGUGGGUUCAAAAGUCUCACGUUGGGCAAAAGAUUCCUGCAUUGCAGAAGGUUGGAGGUCCCUUCCAACUCUACAAUUCUAUGAUUUUAUGAUUUCCCCAAGUAGCACAGGAAGAAUCUACUCUGCAAAGAUUCCCACAAGACAAGUGCAAGAAGAAUAAAAUGACCCCGUAGUUAUUCUGUAUAAUGCAUUUGGUGGCUGCAGUUGGAUAAUACUUGGGGAACUUGCGAAAGAGUGACUGCUAUUUUAAUAGCAGUUAAAAGAGAUUUAAUAGGCAAGAUCAAUAGCUGGGGUGGGAAAAAUUUUACCUGUUGAGAGCUGUAUUUGCUUGAGGGGCCAUCCAUUAGGGGCUGCAGGAAUAACGAGGACGACAGAAGGUUGGAUGCAAGUGAGCUGUGCAGAAGCAAGCUGAAAAGCAAGCCUUGCAGAGCCUCUUUUUAUUAGAUAAAAUACAGUAGUGAAACCACCCUGAACUUUAACAUAUUCCAUCUAAGCAUUCUAAGCAUUAGCUAAUACACAUGUCAGCAGGUGUUUCCCGUAGGCGUUGUGAAAGUGGAUUGCGUCUGUGUUCCUUGUUAUGCUUUAGCCAAGCGUUCUGUCUAGUAAACAGAUCAUAUGAAAGGACAAAAGGUCAGGGGGGAAACCCUGUCUACUUGCCAAGAGGCCACAAGUUCAUGGAGCGUGGGUGCAAGGCUCCUUUACACACUGUUGCAUGCCAGGUGCGAGGUGUGUCUCAGCACAAGUGGAGCGUUACCAGCAUAGCUCCAAAAGGUCAGGGGGAAACCCUGUCUUCUGGCCAAGAGGCGAAAGUCCAGAGAGUGUGGGCACAGAGCUCCUUGGCACGCUGUGGCAUGCUGGGUGCGAGAUGUGCCUCAGCAGACGCGGAGCCUUACCUCCACAGGGGCUGCAUACUGUCAAUGGGUAGAGCUGAAGGCAAAAGUGGCCAGGGCACCCUUUCUCUCUCCCAACCCUUUCCUCCCUGCCCACUUCUCUGCCACCAUUUCCCCUUUCCCAUCACCCAUACGAAAUUAGUCUGAUAGCCAAAAUUAAGCUACCCACUCCAAUUUUAUUGUCUUCCAAAGCAUAAUUUUGUACAUGGACUAUAUUUGGCGAGCAACAAUGCUUAUACUGAUAAGAUAAUGAGUCUUAAUUAAUAUGUAUAUUGUCAGUCUGAGGGAAAUAAUUUGUUGUCCAUCAUUUUGAAAAGAAAAUGGAGGGACUAUUUGGAAAAGCAUUACAAAGAAAUGAAAUUGAUGGCAGGAUUUGAGAUAGAAACAGCGGAAGAAAAAUGAUAAAGUAAUUGUAUCAGAGGGAUUUUGGUAAUAGAUGAGAAUUUGAUACAGAAUGCGGUAGAAAAUAGUUUGAAUAAAAAUACUGUGGCGAUGGGGAGUCAAUAUAUGAAACAAUGUAUUUAAUUUGAAGUUAAUUUGUGAAAUUCAAUAAAAUUAUAUUGGGGGGAAAGAAAGGAAAAUGGGUGAUGAUUCUAAAUCUUAGAAAAGGCAAAACCUCACUUCACCAAACAUCUUCUCAGUUCAGAUCUAAACCCUUAAGCUGGGAAAAAGCUUGUUUAUUGUAAGGGUGGCCUAUUAAUGCUUUAUCCAGGUACAGAAUGUGGUGUGCUGGAUUCAGUGGCCCUUUUUGUUAUUAUGAAAACAGGGUAGCCAAUGUGAUGUCCACCACACUUUGUGAGACUGUAACUCCAUUAAGCCCCAGGCAGCAUAGCCAGUGGUCAGGAAAGGCGGAAGAUUUAGUCCAACAGCAUCUGAAGGCCAGCACACUGGCAAUUCUUGCAUUAAUCAAAUGUGUUUUGAUGAUGAUGAUACAACAUGAACCCAAACUACAACUAGAUCACAUUAUGAUGCACUAUAUCAAACACUUAUAGGUGAAGGGCAUACAUUUGCCAAAUCCUUUUUGAAAAAAAUGUGUCAUUGUUUUUAUUUAGCAUUCCUCACGGUGCAUUUAAAAAGUGCUGCAACUGAUCCUUGGAUUGGACUGAAUGAUAUUAAUAUUGAGCGCAUGUUUGUAUGGACAGAUGGAAGUGGAGUCCACUACACAAACUGGGCCAAAGGUUUUCCAGGUUAUGGUGUAAGUCCUGCCUGCAAAGGCUUUCAUCAUUUUUACCCCAGAAACAAGAAAUAUUUUCUAUAUUCCAUUCCUGCAGUGAAACUACAUGUUCAGAGAACCUUCAGUGUUAGCACCCCAUUUCUGUACCAAUUCCCCAUUCAAUCUCUGGCUGGUGUCUCCUUUGUUUAUUUUUAGAGCCAGCUGUCUCAAGCAAAGCAGCUAGCAUGUAAAGUAACAGUUAGGCAACACCUAACCAGUUGUAUAACUGGUCUGCUAUCCUACUCCACUUCCAGGAAGCAUCAGCUAAUCCCUGAUCUAGAGCACAUAUCAGCUACUGAUUCCUACUCCUGAAUAGGAUCCAGAGAUAGGAAGCCUUGCGCUGACAGAUGCACACUGCACUUGUAGUCUGGGUUUAUUCUUGCCACUAUCUCUGAUUGGGUGAUUGUGGAGUCUGAUAUUUGUCAAGAGCAGUGCUAUUUUUCUAGAAAAAGAGGUGCCGGAACCCACCAUGAACACUUCCCUUGUUCUCUUAUAAUGGCAAUGGCACCCAUCUGAGAGGUGCCGGAACUGAGUUCCAGGGAGUUUCGGGUCAAGAGUAUAAAAGGAAAGUUUCAAGUACAAACGGAUUGGCCCCUACAUUGUGUAAAUAGCUACUGUGUUACUUGUCCCUUUGUUAUACUUUUAUUUCUUAGGAGGACUGCAUUUUUAUGAUGAAGGAGCCUGAAAAGCUGGCAGGAUAUUGGAGAGAUGGGCCAUGUUCUGCUAAGAAAAGCUACAUCUGCCAAAGAAACACUGGUAUGCUUUUUUAGAAGAGAAGGAACAGAAAACAGUGUUUAAUGCUGAUUGCAUUAUAGAGUCUAACUCCAGUUUUCUGUUCUGGUAAAAAAAAAUUAAAAGCUGAUUGCCAGCUUUAAUGACUGAACUGAGGUUUUGUCACCUGAGAAUGAUGGUGGAUAGGAAGCUAAUUACAGAACAGAUUCUUGACCUCUCUGGAAAGAAAUGGGGCGGGGGGGUGUUGUUGUUGUUAAUGGUCAUGUUGACUACAUUUUAGGUAUUUUGUUUGCUGCUUUUGUGAUUGUAAAUUAAAUGUAUUCUGUGGCCUCAUCCAUAUAUGUUUUUGAAGAAAACUUGACGAAGUGUUAUAGCUGGCAUUUAAAAUGUCAAUUUUCAAGAUUUAAAAUGUUUAGGGAAUAAUAGUAUUCAGAAAUUUAGUGUCAAGUGUGUGUAGUCUAAACUGAUCUCUGUCUUUUCUCUUGAUUACUUGCCUAUAGAUCCUGCAUUAUCACACUCUGAAACAACAAUGCCAGCCUCUGGUUAUGCCCCUUUUGGGAAUAGAAGUUACUCUCUAAGCAGCCCCAAAAUGACAUGGGAAGAGGCCAGGAAAAAGUGUAAAUCUGAACAGUCAGAGCUUGCCAGCAUUUUGGAUCCCUACAUUGAAUCAUUCCUAUGGCUGUGGGUGUUAAAAUAUGGAGAGCCUGCAUGGAUUGGCCUAAAUAGCAAUAUGGUAAAUAUAGAAGAUAUGCAUUAACAUAAUACUGUACUACAUAUCCACAUCAAGAGCUUGUGUUCAGAAGGACAUAGAAAAGACAUAGCUUUUAUUACCUGACUUUAUUAGCAAUAUCCUUGGUAAGCAUUACAAAAGCUUUGGUUAUCGUCUGUGGGUCACCUAUGAGCUAUUUCCAGUGCCUAUACUUUAUCUGUACACAAAAUCUUAACAGAAAUAUAACAAUUUCCAGUCUGUAAAGGGGCUUCUGCACUCAGUGCAGCAGCACAACCCCAGGCAGCAAGAUCUUUAGUAGUUUUUAGUCUUGACUCCUUUUUCACCCUCAGAAAGAGAAAUCAAUCACUUCUAUGUUGCUUUAGGAGGGGUGGGGCAACAGGUUGCAUAGAUGACUUGCAUUGUCUACAAUGCCUUUUCUGCAUAUGGGAUAUCUAAGAAACCUCCAUAGUCCCUUUAGAGGAGUGCAUUAGGCUAACUCUUCUCAUAGGGAGACAAGCCUCAGGACAAAAGCCUUUUAGCCCUUGACCUUUGGUUUGUGUCAAAAGGCUCACAUCUCUGACAAGUCCUGAGUCAUGUGCUAUAUACUAGACUGAUAAUGAAUACAGUAAACUAGGUACCAUACUGGAUCAACACCAACCAGGAUUCUCAUAUAUAUAUAUCACUUGACGUCCUUCCCCUUCUCUCUACAGUUCCUUAAAUUUAUUUUUUAAUAUCUUCUGCAUAUUCAAAUUAACCUAAUUUGCUCAUUCAUCUACUUUAAAUAUAUACUCUUAUAAAACUGCGGGUUUUAUAACAAUCCUGCCAAUGUUCUUAUCUGUUUACAAUUUAUCUGUAAAUAUUUAAUAAACUAUUUCCAUUCUUUUAUAAAAAGUUUGUUACGUUGAUCGUAGAUUGGCGGUAGAUAUUCAGGAAGGUGCUUCCUUCCUGAUAUUUUAGGUACUUGGAUCCCAAGAUGUUCAGGAUUUGGUAUGCUAAUACCUUAAUCAAGCCCCAUAAGUCAAUGACAGCCAAUGCAGUGCUUUCUGGAUGAGUGACCCACACAUUGUCCCAUCAGGCUGCCCCACUUACCAAUCUAGCAGCCACAUUCUGCAGUAGCUUCAAGGAUAGCCACAGAUAGAGCACAUUAGAGUAGUCCAGGUGGGAGGUCCAAGAAUGGACCUGAUUGGCAAACAUAAAGUGGGCAUAAGCUCUCCUAGUCAAAGAAGCCAAUUGAGAGGCCAGCAACAGUUAGGAAUCCUGGAGCACUCCCAAAUUAUGACCAUGUUCCUGUAGGGCGAUAGCAACCCCUUCCAGGACAGGUUAUCCACCUGAUUCCCAGACAUAGGAACCACCCCUUCACAGCACCUUCAUCUUAUCAGGAUUCAGCCUCAGUUCAUUGGCCCCCACAUAGCCCAUUAUUGCUUCCAGGCUCCUGUCCAACACCUUCACAGCUUCUCAUGAUUCAGAUGGAAUGAAGAGCUAGAACUUCAUGCCACCAGCAUAUGGAAAACAUUGUGCUCCAAAUCCCUGGACAGAGCCAUAGCUACAGAGGGGUUAGCCAGGUUUUUUGCCCAGGGUGAAGCCUCUAGAGGGGCACCAUUCAGGCUCCCAGCCUAUGUCUGUGUGUGUGUGUGUGUGUGUGUGUGUGCGCGCGUGCGUGCACAAACACGUGUGCAGGGGGGGUGCCAACCUGGAUGAAACAAAGCCUAGUUUCACCCCUGCCUUUGAUAGCUCAGAAUUGUUUCAUACUCAUGACUUCAGACGUCAUAAAUAUAGUACUACUCCUCAGACUUCAUCCCCUAAAGGAUGAUGAAAUGUGUGUAUAAAUAAAAUGAAAGAGAAAGAAAAGUAAAUGUUUUGGAGUUCAUGUUAUGGAAAAUAAACUUAAAAGCUUUCUCUAGGCCAGCAUGUGUUAUUCCACUGUGCAUUUGGAUUUCAGACUGGUGAGCAAUAUAAGUGGAUAAGCAACUGGAGACUGGUAUAUACAAACUGGGCCCCUGGGGAGCCAAAGCAGAAACUAGCCUGUGUCUAUUUAGACAUUGAUGGUCACUGGAAAACCGGAACUUGCAAUGAAGCAUACCUCUCUUUCUGUGAGCACUACCAUGGUAAGCAAAGAAAUGUACUAUUGUACUAUAAGCUGAGAAAUGUACUAUUGACACUUCUGCCUCUUUCGUAGCGAAUGAAUAAAAUGUUACUUUUCAAACCAUCAUGCUAUAAUAAAUAGUCAAACAAAAAUAGAACAGAGGUUGCAAUAAACAAUCCAGCAUUAGGUAACCAUGCUUAGCAACUGAACAGACUCAGGCAUGUGUUUUAAGACAGCAAUUCUAUACACAUUUACCUAGGAGCAAGCCCCAUUUGACAUUACUGUGAGUAAGCAUCCAGGAGUACUCAGAAACUAUAAACCUAUUAUUUUAGGGGGACUUCUUUGACAUGUGCAAAUUUGCAGAGUUUCACCUCCCAUUUCACCUUCUACAUUUCCAGGAUUCCUCCAAGAUACUCAUGUGCACCUCAAGAUUUUGGAUUUGUUCAAAUCUUACGCAUAUCUCUGGUACUUAAGGGUUUCUAAGAUACCUGUUCAAAAAAUAAAAUAUUUGUUUCAUAAUAGGUAAACUCCCAACUGAGCCUCCACAAGUCCCAGGGAAAUGCCCUGACUCAAAAGAGGACCAGAGAUCUUGGAUUCCUUUUCGGGCUCAUUGCUAUCAAAUCAACCAGCCUUCAAAUGGAUGGCCGGAUGCAUCCUUCAAAUGUACUCAGUUAGGUGGGUGUCAUUUUGAUUCAAAUCACAACGUGAUUUUUCCAUGCUAGAAGAUUCCUAGUUAGCGUCCAAAGCCAGUUUGUACACCGGUUAGUGUUGCAGUGCAGUCCUAUACAUAUCCUAGCAUGUCUAUUCAGAAGUAUGUCCCAUCGAGUUCAAUGGGGCCUAUAGCUAAGUAAGUGGGUACAGGCUUUCAGCCUUGGACUUUGACCAGAGAGACAGGGGUUCAAAUUCCUGCUCACUCACAAAGCUUACUGGGUGCUCUUGGGCCAAUCCCCACCUUUCAGUUUAAACUUAUCUCCCAGGAUUGCUGUGAUGAUAAAUCAAGAAUGGAAUAAACCUGGCAUAUCUCUCUGAACUCACUGGAGGUACAGAAGGCUUAUAGGGGGGUUAGUUUCUAGGGAUUGCGUGUAAAGCCAGAACAACCCUGGAACCACCAUCCACACAACCACCCCUACCUGUCCAGAGCCAGCACACCGUGAGUGUCUUGCCCCUUAUGCAAGGCGGAGAAUUCUCAUGCUGGCUCUGGGAGGCUCCCAUAAGAUCUCACUGCAAACAACAGCUUCUUUCUUACUCUCUGAAUCCAGCAACAGAAAGAUUUACUAUUAAAAGAAUAUUUAGACAACCUGAUAUGCAGGCGUGGUAUCAGGGAUCAGGACACUCAGGCAUUGGCUGAUGAUCCAAGCACUUUGAAGGACAGCUCCCCUCCAUGUGUCCUCACCUGAAGCAUGCAGGAUUGUCAGUGUAGCCAGAAACCCCACUUGCUGUGGCUCGCCAUUUUCUUUCCUCCACCGUAUCUCUGAGCCCAGACAGAAGGUUGCUCCACUGGGGCCAGAGAAGCACUGUGGGGGAACAAAAAUGGUGUGUGGCAGCAGCAGUGCUUUCUUGCUAAGCUGACUUUUUGCUGCUGGCAGUGCACAUGCCUGCCCGUAGGUAAAGUGAGAGGAAGAGAGAUUGGCCAGGGGUGUGAGAUAAACAGAGGGGUGAUGAGGUGAGCAGAGUCCUUGCUGCCUGGAAAAAGGGCUUCACUAAGAAAGGGACUUUGCCACCCAGCUCACCAUUCCUGCAUCCUGGGGGCAGGUGUUUUCAUCAACACUUCUGACAACUUCAUUAUUGCCAAGGACCACUUGCCAGGGCUGUCAAGAGUCCCAUCAAACCUCAUGUCAGUUGUACCAGUGCAUGUCUAAUACAUAUAUGAUGGUGAUUUGUCACCUACCCAUCACCAUAAGGUCUCAGGGUGGGUUACAGUUAUAUUUUUAAAAAAACAAUAUUAAAAUGGGAAUAUUUUAAAUAAAUAAAAAAGAAUAAAUAAAAUUUAAAACAGGAAUGCAAUUUUUAAAUGAGCUUACUUUACUUGUAUGAUGUUUCCUAGGUAGCACCUUGAUUUCUAUAGAAGAUUCAGCUGAACUGAACUUUUUGAUGGAGCAUACUCAGCAAUCCCAACAUGCUGACUAUUGGAUAGGAUUGUUCAGAAACAUAGAUGGUAAUGGUUUAACUUUCAAUAUUUAUUUAUAAUACAUGGGGCUGUGCCCCUGCUUGCUCCACUCAUCAACACCCACCCACCCACCCCAGCCAUUCCCCCCACAUUAACCCUCUAGACCAGUGUUUCCCAAAUUUGGGUCUCCAGCUGUUUUGGGACUACAACUCCCAUCAUCCCUAGCUAGCUAGCAGAACCAGUGGUUAGGGAUGAUGGGAAUAGUGGUUCAAAAACAGCUGACGUCCCAGGUUUGGGAAACACUGCCCUAGAUCUUCCUCCCUAGCUUCCCCCUUACCCACUUUACUGAAACCUUGGCCGUGAUAUAAACCUGCCAUUUCCUCUCUGUUCCUCCACCUCAUCCCUGUUUUACACAAACCUUGCUGUUGUUUUAAAGCACCAUUGCCCAGUCAGUUCUGUCCAUCCAUGCUUUACUCAAACUCUGCUAUGGUAAGGCUGCCAUAUGUCCAGAUUUUCCCAGACAUUACUGGGAAUUUCUGAAAGGCAGCGCUUUGUACUGGAUCUUAGGCAAGUCAUACAGAAAACUGCGCUCAAACCAGGGUGGCGUGGUUUUUACUUUUGGAAAUAUGGCAUCCCUAUGAUUUACAACUGCCAUUUCCCUUUCUCCCCCAAACGUCUCCCCAUUCCUGCUUUACUCAAAAUGUUGCUGUUGUAAACUGCCACUUUCCUUCCUCUCGCUCUUUCCCGGUCUGACUUCAUGCAAAUCCAGGGGUCGUGCAGCAGCACUACUCUUUUUCUCGAUAGUCUUUAUGCCAUUUAUUUUACUUUUAUAAUUAGGAGAAUGGAUAUGGCAAGAUAACACUGCACUGGAUUUUGUCAACUGGAAAGUUGAAGAGUCCACACCUGAUCCUCAAGCUAUUUUCAGUGAUAGUGAUAAGAACUGCAUUCUCAUGAACAGCCACAAUGGGAAGUGGUCCAGGGAGCACUGCGGAUACUCUAAGGGAUUUAUAUGUAAAAGACGCAAAAGUAAGUCUGAAAUGGCUAUUCAGCUGCAUUUCACAAUAAUUCUGAUGAACAUUGAGUCACUUGUCUAAAGUUAGUGUCUUAGGACACUCUGCUCUAAUUGCUCUCUGUCUAGAUUAUGCUACUAGAAGUUUAUCCUUGUCAUCUCUUUAUUUGCCUUCUUCCUAAAGCUCUCCAAGGAAGGGGCUUCCAUGUUACUUCAGAAAGGGACUUUUCUCUCUCUUGCCAUUUUAACAAUAUUCCACCUAGUCCUAUUCUUACUAGGUAAUCUUUCUAGACUGUCAGUCAUCCUUUUUCUAGCAUAAGCCACAUUUCAUCAAAUUGAUACUCUGCAUUUUGUCUUUCCUACUCCUUGUCACUUCCUAUUCUUUUUUCAACUUUUGACAGACUUUACUGAUACUUCCAACCAACUAAAUACUCCCUAAUAAUAAAUGGCAGGAGAGAAGGUAGAACCAAAGCUGAAGUCUAUUAAUUAUUUGCUACUAACUAUAGAAUAUUCUGUCUUUUAAAACUAAUAAGGUUAUUAACAUUUUAUCUAAUGGUCAAGGUUCCCACAAUCAUUCUCAGUCCCCAGAAUUGCUGUGUGAUAAAUAUCAUAAAUUUGUCAUUUUCCUCAAAAGGCAAGAGCAUUUAGUAGUCUCCACAUUGACAUAUUUAAAAUUCAGCUCAUCAUUGCUGAUCUUGCUAAGCAAAGGGAUUAAGUGACUAUACUAAACACUUCAAAUUUAAAACUUGGCUCCCAUUUUUAAAUAGUAACAUAUAUUUAUUGAUUUUUUUUUUAUUGAAAGAAGCACACCCAAAAGCAAAUGCAGUGUCUAAAGUGCAUAAUCAUGUUAUUUUCAUGGUGUGAUAUGUCAGGGCCCAAAGCUUGAAAAAUAAAAGGAUAAAUAUGCUUCCUAUAAUAUUGUCACACACACAUUUUUCAGGCACUAGGGGAUUCCAGAGGUCCCAUCACAUACCUUUGGUUUUUGUUUCAUUGGGAGGAAAAUCACUGGAGGCAUAAGAUGAAAGUGCACACAGCAUUAAAACUCCAACAGUUUUUUUUACCUGUUAGGUUUUGGAGGGGAGAGUGUCUCCAACCCCUUAGCUUUGGAUUCAUCACAGAGAGUGAACCAGGCUUCUUUCCAGCUUGGUUUCCUUGCCAAACCAAGACUGCCUAUUAUUUGUUCUCCAUCAAAGAUAACACCAGUACCAGCCAGAGUCAGAGUAGGGGGAGGACAUGCCAACCUUUUUUCUAAUCUUCAGCUGUAUUUUUGUUGUAUUCUUUAGCCACUGUGGCUAUGCUCUGCCACUGCAGUUGGAGGCACCAAUGCUUCUGUUCAGUUGCUGGAAACCACAGGAGGGGAGAGAGCUUUUGUGCUCAAAUCCUGCUUCCUGGUUUCCCACAGGCAUCUGUUUGGCCACUGUGAGAAGAGGAUGCUGGACUAGACGGGCUAUCGGCCUGAUCCAGCAGAUUCUUCUUAUCUUCUUAUGACAAGCUAUGAAAUGUCAGUUGACCAAUCCUACAUUUUUGUUCUAGAUGGGAAUGGCACCAGGAUGUGCUUGCUGGCAUGCUGCUUAAGUUUCUUCUCACUCCUCAGUCUGGUUCACUCUGUUGAUAAUCUAUGCUACUUUUUUUAUAAAAAAUUAUGAUUUGCAUACCUAACUUUCUUACUGUUCUGAGAACAUAAGCAUAUCUUUUGUUUUACAGUUAUUGAAGAGACAACUAAAGCACCUACAAAAAAGACAGGUAAGGCUGUUUUGUGAAAAGAACUCAGGAAAAAUUAUAAGCAUUCUUGCAAUCCGGAGCCUUGCACCAAACAUUCUGAGAAAAGAACUUCUGGUUCAAAGCUGAAGAGAGAAAUUUCUGGGGAAAGGUGGAGGCAUUAUAGCUCUCUACUGGGGGAAAAGGGUGACGACUCUCCUUUCUGGUACAGAACUGCCACUAUGAAGCGGAGAAUUGGGGGUUGUGUAAUGGAAUAUUUCACAGUAUUUCAGAUGGAACAUGAAAGAACAGAAUAGUAUUCUGUUUAAGAUGUAGUACAAAAAUAACUGGGGGGUGGUACACCAUUGCCUUGGCAUUUUGUAGUUUUUUUUCCAGCUGUGUUGGAUUCCUUCACAGCCUGCCAAAGCCCUUUUCUUUAAGAAGGGACAAGAUGUUUCUGACUCCACAUCUGUUCUGCUUCUGUAUCCCCUCUCCGUGCCCUCCAGCCAUGUGGCCAUUUCAUUGGUCUGUAAGUUCUUGGCACACUAUGCUUAUGAGCUGCAAACACCACCCAGCUAUCCCUCCAUUUCAUACAAGGGGGUCUAUUUGUGUGUGUGUUUCUCUAUUUGUGAGUUUGUGUGUGUGUGAUAUAUACAUCUUUCCCCAUUCACAGAACAAGAAGAUAUUCCUGCAUCAGCACAUGGCAGAGUUGCAAAGGUACUUCUGCCGGUUAUCUUCAUCCUCUUUGGCAUGGGUAUUGCACUCUAUAUUUUCUACAAAAGAAGAAGUAGAAAACAACAAACCACUGGCAGCUUUGAAAACUCUCUUUAUCGUGACAGUGAGAUCGUUCUUCACAAUGAUUCAGAAGUGCUUGUGGAUGAUAAAGAGGGAGAUAGGCUGUAAUGUGGGAGUAAGUCUCAUUGAGCUCAGUAGGAAUUACUUCUGAAUUGUCAGGGGUAGGAUUGCAUUAUUAAUUCAUUUCCAAGAAGUAACCAUAUGCAUAUGCAGAGGUCCUUUCUAUCACCACAUUCAUUGUGUGACAUGCUCUGAAUGCAUAAUUAUUAUUUAGAAAAAAACAUAUUCUAAAUAGAAUAAAUUCAAAUUAAGGUAAUUUUAAUCUGUUGUAGUAUUUUAACUUUUGUAUGUUUUUAAGUAUGGUUGGGAUUUCUCCUUGAUUUUAUUGUUUUACCAUUUUGUAAACUACUUUGUGGUUUUUAAAAAAUCAAGAGGUGUAUACAUUUUAUGAAAUAAAAAAAUAAUAAAUUAAAGGUGACUUGACUUG